AUGCUACGAUUCAAGAGACUUGCCUCAACGUAUGAGCAAGCUAAAAUUUUAAGAAAAUACCCUAUUGGUGGAAUUAUUCAUGGUUAUGAAGUGAGAAGAGUGUUACCUGUUCCAGAACUGAGAUUGACAGCAGUGGACUUAUAUCAUCAACAAACAGGAGCUGAACAUAUUCAUAUAGAUCGGAAUGACGCAAAUAAUAUUUUCAGUAUUGCAUUUAAGACAAAUCCACCAAAUGCUACAGGUGUACCUCAUAUCCUUGAACAUACUACGUUGUGUGGAUCCGAAAAAUAUCCUGUUCAUGAUCCAUUCUUUAAGAUGUUGAAUAAAUCGUUAGCUAAUUUCAUGAAUGCGAUGACGGGACAAGAUUAUACAUUUUUCCCAUUUGCCACUACUAAUGUUAAAGAUUUUGCAAAUUUAAGAGAUGUUUAUUUGGAUGCUACUUUGAAUCCUUUAUUGAAAAGAGAAGAUUUUAAUCAAGAAGGUUGGAGAUUGGAAUAUUCUGAUAUUGAAAAUCAAAAAUCAGAUAUUAGAUUUAAAGGUGUUGUCUAUAAUGAAAUGAAAGGGCAAGUUUCGAACCCAGAUUAUUAUUUUUGGAGUCAAUUUCAACAGACUAUCUAUCCAUCAUUAAAUAAUUCUGGUGGUGAUCCCAAAAAGAUUACUGAUUUGAUGUAUGAAGACCUGGUGGAUUUCCAAAGAAAAAAUUAUCAUCCUUCAAAUUCAAAGACAUUUACAUAUGGUACAUUUUCAUUAGAAGAUACUUUGAAGAGAUUAAAUAAAGAAUUUGUACUAUUCGGUAAGAGAAACAGUAAAAUUGGCAAAUUGAUGCCAAUAGAAUUAAAGGAAGACGUGAUGGUGACUAAAAAGGGACAAACUGAUCCAAUGUUGCCAUCAGAGAAACAAUUUAAAAGUUCAUUAACUUGGAUUUGUGGAACACCUGAGGAUCACUAUGAAACAUUUUUAUUAAAAAUUUUAGGAAACCUUCUAAUGGAUGGUCAAUCCUCAAUAAUGUAUAAAAAAUUAAUUGAAUCUGGAUUAGGUCAUGAAUUUUCUGUGAAUUCUGGUGCUGAAUCAAACACAUCGGUAAAUAUGUUCACAGUUGGGGUACAAGGCAUCGAGAAUCCAACUAGUCUAAAACAUAUGGUACAAACAAUAUUUGAAGAAGUACUAGCAACACCAUUCGAUAAGACUAAAAUUGAAGCCAUUAUUCAACAAAUCGAAUUGAGUAAAAAAGAUCAAAAACCUGAUUUUGGCUUACAAAUCCUAUAUUCUAUCAUCCCAGGAUGGACAAAUAACAUCGAUCCAUUCAAUGGCUUAUUAUUUGAUGAGACUUUAAACAGGUUUAGAAAUGAUUUGGAAGCUAGAGGCGACAACCUAUUCUAUGAUAUUAUUAAAAAAUACAUUUACAAGAAACCUACACUUCAAUUUACAAUGGAGGGAUCUUCAACAUUUUCAAGUGAAUUAGAGAAUGAAGAGAAAAAUAGAUUACAAAAGAAGAUCCAAACCUUGGAUUCUUCUGAUAAAAAUAUCAUAUUCGAACGUGGUAAAAUCUUAAAUGAAAAGCAGAAUAAAAUUGAAGAUUUAUCAUGUUUACCUUCAUUGAAAUUAGAAGAUAUCCCUAGACAGGGCCAAAAAUACCCAAUUGAGAUGAAUAAUGAGAGUAUUAUGGCACGUAUCACUGAUACAAACGGGAUUUCAUACAUUCGUGGUAAGAAGACUUUGAACAAUCAAAUACCUCUAGAACUUUACCCAUACAUUCCCCUAUUUGUUGACGCAUUAACAAGUCUUGGGACAAAAGAUGAACCAUUCAGUGAAAUUGAGAACAAAAUAAAACUUUACACAGGUGGAAUAUCUGCCAAUUAUUCAGUGACCUCAGACCCUAAGACUCUUGAGCCAAAAUUUAAUUUCUUAUUCAGUGGUUGGGCAUUGAAUUCAAAGACAGAUAAGAUUGUCGAGUUUUGGGAGAAAUUAUUAUUAAGAACCGAUUUCCAAAGCAAUAGUGAAAACUUAAAAGUUUUAAUUAGAAUGUUGGCUUCUUCUAAUGUUAGUUCAGUUUCAGAUUCUGGCCAUGUUUUUGCAAGGGGCUAUGCUUGUGCACAUUUCAGUGAAACAAAUGCUAUAAACGAAUCGUUGCAAGGUAUUGAGCAGUUACAAUUAAUUGGAAAGCUGGCCAAUAUUCUCGAUGAUCCAGAGAAAUUCCAAACUGAGGUAAUAGAUAAGAUGGUUCAAUUACAAGAAAUUAUUAUAGAGCACAAUCCUCAAGAUUUACAAUUCUUCAUUACUACUGAUACAACUACUCAAGUAGAAAAGGUAAGUUCUGAAUUAGAUAAAUUUAAAGAACAAUUUGCAAAGGCAAAUAAUAGAAGAACAGUAAAUGGUUCAGAAACUCAAAAUUACCCAUUAAUUGAAAACAAGAAACCAACAUUAUUGAAUUUUUCAUUCCAAACACAUCAUACAGCCCUUUCCAAACCAACUAAUAUUCCAUUCAUCAAUAAGGACGGUGCAGCUUUACAAAUUUUAUCCAGUGUGUUAAGUUCUAAACAUUUACACAAAGAAAUUAGAGAGAAAAAUGGUGCUUAUGGUGCUGGUGCAAAAUACGAUGCUAUCAAUGGUUCAUUUAAUUAUUUCAGUUAUCGUGACCCGAACCCAUUACAAUCUAUUGCAGUAUACAAGAAAUCCUUCGGAAUACAAAGUGAAGAUUUGAACGAUGCAAAACUUCGUUUAUUCCAAGAGGUUGAUUCGCCAUUGAGCAGAAGAGGCGAAGGUAUCUGGAACUUUGAUCAUGGAAUCAAUGACGAAAUGAGACAGUCUAGGAGAGAACACCUUCUAGAUGUAACGAUGAACGAUAUCGAUCGUGUUACUGAUCAAUAUCUAAAUGGUCAGACAGGUUACGAAGUCGUAGUUGGACCAAUCCUUGAAAAUAAGACCGUCGCACCACAAUGGAACAUUGUAAAUGUAGAACAGUGA